AAGUCUAAAUUCUCUCUAGCCUUCCAAUUUCAAUCCCUCACCUAGUCCAACUCGUGCCCCUCUUCUCCUUCAAAUUCCUACCUUCCUCAUCAGUAUCUGUAUCCAAAAUCCAAAUCCAAUAUCCAUCUCUCUCUCUCUCUUUCUUUUUCUAAGUGUUUGGGCCUUGUUGAUUCUUGUGUCAGACCUGAGUUUUUAUGUCUUUUUGUCCUUGCAACUUGCAAGCAGGAUAGCAGCAAGAGGACCCAAUUUGUGUCAGAAGGAAAUCCCAACUUCCAAUCUUUAAUGCUCAUGUUUUUCUCUCUCUCUUUCAUCCCAAAAGGUAACUAUUGUCAGAGUUAGUUGUACUUGGAUUUGGAUCCCACUUCCAAGGCCACCACAACCAACACAUAUCCUCUCUUUCUCUUUCAGUUUUAGCCUUCCAUUCCUUUUGCUUGCACCAACCAUGACUCCAAAGGGUGUAACCCUAAACACCAAUUCUCACAAAAUCAAGUUUGCUCGGAGGUUCAUCCGUACACUCUUGAAGAUGAGAAAGAAUGCACCCAGUUCAUCAUCCAUUGAAGAAAUCCGCAAGCGCAGUCAGAGAAUAAAGAUCGCGGCGUAUUCAUCCAUGGCUCAUGCAGUUGGAUCAAGGAGGGCUUGGAGUCGAGCCAUUCUUUUCAAGCUUCGAAACCGGGCAAGGCAUCACGGUAUGAUGAGAAGAAGAUCCAUGAAGAAAAGGGUCAUCAAGAAUGAUCCACCAGGAGAUCAAAGCCAAACCAACAAGCUUAGACAACUUGUGCCAGGUGGGAAAGCCAUGGAUAUGUGCAGCUUGUUGGAGGAGACAGCUCACUAUAUAAGUUGCCUUUCAACUCAGGUUAAGGUCAUGCAGACAAUAGCAGAUCACCUUUCUAAAUGAGCAUGAAAAAAAGUUUUCAACAUAUAGAAAAUGCUACGGUCAAGGUAUAAGAUAGAGAGAGUGCAAAUGGUAAGUAUCUAAAGCACAGAGAAUAGCUUAUAUAAUUGGGUUGACACGCACAUAUAUAUAUAUAUAUAUAUUAUAUAUAUAUACACAAUUAUACAUAUUUAAAGACAAUCAUAAGUGAGAGACUCAAAAGCUUCCACGAGCAGGGUUUUUUUUCUUGAUUGUACAUAUAUAGAUAAUCCAGACGGUAAUGCAGGGACGGAUAGUCCUUUUAUGUUA